AGCACGGGACGGCGUGGCGUGACGCCCGGCCGAGCCAUGGCGAAGCCGAUCGUCAUCACCCUGAAGCGAACCAAGGCGGAUGCCAAGGCGGAGGCGCCGCAGGGCUCGCCCUCGCGGUCCCGCAGCCCGAGCCGGGGCUCGGAGCCGUCCACCCGCGGCCCGCUGGACACGGCGGCUCUGGAGCAGCACGUGGGGAAGUUCCAGGAGGACCUCAACGCCUGGCUCAAAGCGGAGGCAGAGAAGCUGGGCAAGCUCCAGAAGCACGGCCAGGAGCUGCAAAGCCAGCUGGCAGAGAAGCGGAAAGAGGUGUCCGAGUUCCUGCAGGAGCAUGGCCGCAUGCCAGAGGCUAGCCUCGCAAGCAUGGUGCAGCCCCUGGCCAAACUGGUAGAGGAGGACAAGCGGGCGCUGGCGGGCCUCGCUUUGAGUCUGCAAGAGUUCGCCGCCAAGGCGGGUGUGUCGGAGAAGGAGCAGAAGGCCAAGGGCCCUGAGCUCCUGAAGGUGGUGCUGCGGCAAUGCUGCAAGGAGGAAUCUGAGGAGGAGAGCUACAGCUACAGCGACUGAGUCCGAGAGGCGCUGAUUGUCACUGCUGAUUUGCGGCUUUGGCCCUUCCAGCUUCGCGGCAAUGUCCGGCAGCUGCCUCGCGCAAGGGGAUCGCAGUGAACGGCUGAAGGCCGAAUGCCCGGCAGCGCGCCGGAGUAUAUGCCGGAGAG